AUGGACUACAAACAGACUGGCUUUUGCGGCUUCAGAGACAGCUGCAAAUUCCUCCAGGACCGUUCAGAUUACAAGCAUGGGUGGCAGAUCGAACGUGAGUUUGAUGAGGGUCGCUAUGGUGUCUAUGAGGACGAAAACUAUGAAGUGGGAAGCGAUGAGGAGGAAAUACCAUUCAAGUGUUUCAUCUGUCGCCAGACCUUCCAAAACCCAGUUGUCACCAAGGGCAGGCAUUAUGUCUGCGAGAGCUGUGCGCUGCAGCAUUUCUACACCACCCGGCGCUGCUAUGUCUGUGACCAGCAGACCAACGGCGUCUUCAAUCCAGCGAAAGAAUUGAUUGCUAAACUGGAGAAGCAUAGACCUGCAGAAGAGGGUGGUGCUUCCGAUUUCCCAGAAGACCCCCAUGAGGGUCCAAUUCCCAUUACUUAAUUUUCCCAUUAUUCUCAAAUCUCAAGAUAAAUGUUUUGUUGUUUUGGAAAUCUUAAAA